AUGAAUUCCUCAGUUGUUUCACUAAUCGUUCUCUUGGCUGCAUGUAGUGUGUACGUCUCAGCAUUACCAUUAUUCCUCAUACCAGAUCUAAAUGAAAUCUCCGGUAAAGGGUGGAUGUCAGCAGGAAAGCGAUUCUUUUCGGUGAAACCGUCAAUGUCAUUGAAGAAUAUGAACGGUGAAUACGAUUUUCAAACGGCCAAAAGAGCAUUCGACAGCAACAACAAAAUCCCGAGUCCUUGGCUUAACGCACCGAUUUUCAGCAAAUAA